AAGAAUUGGUGCUGGAAAAGGUGAAAUUCCGAAAUUCAAUCAAAAGGAUGUCCAUAAUUGAGGACGGGGAUAUUGCAGAGGUCUUGUAUCUCAUUCCGAAGCAGAGCUUGCUGAAGCAACUGCCCUACUUGAAUCCUGAUGACUACUACUUAUGCGAGCGGUUAUUCGACACUCCUGAGGAUCUGGUGGCCCAUCCCCAGGAGCCUCACCACCCCUCCGAAAAGCCCGUCAUCCACUGCCACAAAUGUGGGGAGCCGUGUAAAGGUGAAGUGCUUCGUGUUCAGGCCAGGCACUUUCACAUCAAAUGCUUCACCUGCAAAGUGUGUGGCUGUGACUUGGCACAAGGAGGCUUUUUCAUUAAGAAUGGGGAAUAUCUCUGCACCUUGGAUUACCAGCGCAUGUAUGGGACCCGCUGCAACGGUUGUGGGGACUUCGUGGAAGGUGAAGUAGUGACAGCUCUGGGAAAGACUUACCAUCCAAGCUGCUUUGCCUGUACUGUUUGCAAGCGUCCGUUUCCACCAGGCGAUCGAGUUACCUUUAAUGGAAGGGACUGUCUGUGUCAGAUGUGUGCUCAGCCCAUGUGCUCCAGUCCAAAAGAACUGUCUUCUUCCAGCAAUUGUGCUGGUUGUGGAAGAGACAUAAAAAAUGGCCAAGCAUUGCUAGCUCUGGAUAAGCAGUGGCACCUCGGGUGCUUUAAGUGCAAGGCCUGCGGGAAGGUCCUAACUGGGGAAUACAUCAGCAAAGAUGGUAUUCCUUAUUGUGAAAAGGACUAUCAAGUUCUUUUUGGAGUCAAAUGCGAAGCAUGUCACCAGUUCAUUACUGGGAAAGUCCUAGAGGCAGGUGACAAGCAUUACCAUCCAAGCUGUGCACGAUGCAGCAGGUGCAACCAAAUGUUCACAGAAGGAGAAGAAAUGUAUCUGCAAGGUUCCACUGUUUGGCAUCCCGACUGUAAGCAAUCCACUAAGACUGAAGAGAAGCUACGGCCUACAAGAACAUCAUCAGAAAGCAUCUAUUCCAGACCAGGUUCCAGUAUACCAGGCUCUCCAGGCCACACUAUCUAUGCAAAAGUAGACAAUGAAAUCCUUGAUUACAAGGAUUUAGCAGCCAUUCCCAAAGUCAAGGCCAUUUAUGACAUUGAACGUCCAGACCUAAUUACUUAUGAGCCAUUCUACACUUCCGCCUACGAGGACAGACAGGAGAGACAGAGUCUUGGAGAGUCUCCAAGGACGUUGUCACCUACCCCUUCUGCAGAAGGUUAUCAAGAUGUUCGGGAUCGUAUGAUUCACAGGUCGACUAGUCAGGGCUCCAUUAAUUCUCCGGUGUACAGUCGUCAUAGCUACACACCCACCAUGUCACGUUCCCCUCAGCAUUUCCACAGACCUGGCAAUGAGCCGUCCAGCGGUCGGAACUCCCCUGUCCCCUAUCGGCCCGACAGCCGCCCUCUCACUCCAACUUACGCUCAGGCCCCUAAACAUUUCCAUGUUCCAGAUCAAGGUGUCAACAUUUACAGAAAACCACCCAUCUACAAACAACAUGAUGCAGCUGCUUUGGCAGCACAGAGCAAGUCCUCCGAGGAUAUCAUCAAGUCCUCCAAGUUCCCAGCAGCUCAUGCACCAGCACCCAACGAGAUCCCAAAGAUUGAGACGGACCACUGGCCAGGUCCUCCCUCCCUUGCGGCCGUAGGAGCUGACAUGAGGCGCAGAUCGAGCGGCAGAGAGGAAGAUGAUGAGGAGCUGCAGCGGCGCCGGCAGCUGCAGGAGGAGCAGCUCAUGAAGCUCAACUCUGGUCUGGGACAACUGAUACUCAAAGAAGAGAUGGAAAAGGAGAGUCGCGAUAGGUCAGCCCUUUCUGCCAGUCGAUACGAUUCUCCAGCACAUUCUUCAGCCUCCAAAACCUCCUCUCUGCCUGGCUAUGGAAAAAAUGGACUUCAUAGGCCGGUGUCUACAGAUUUUGGUCAGUACAACAGUUAUGGGGAUGUGAGUGGUGGUGUUAGAGAUUUCCAGUCCCUUCCGGAUGGUCAUGUCCCUGGAAUGAGAAUGGACAGAGGAGUAUCUAUGCCUAACAUGUUGGAACCAAAGAUUUUUCCAUAUGAAAUGCUCAUGGUGACCAACAGAGGGCGAAAUAAAAUACUAAAAGAUGUAGACAGAACCAGGCUUGAGCGUCACUUAGCACCUGAAGUUUUUCAAGAGAUCUUUGGCAUGACGAUACAGGAAUUUGACAAGUUACCUCUCUGGAGACGCAACGACAUGAAGAAAAAAGCAAAACUCUUUUAAUCUCCCUUUAAACAAACCAACAAAAAAAUGAUGUGCAGGAUAUUGUAUCAUACAGUCCAAACUAUUUGGAAGCAACUACUUAUCCACCAAAAAGGGAAAAAUUGCAUAGUGACACCUCUGUACACAGCAAUUGAACAAGAUGAACAUGUGCUCUCCUGGAACACAGGGAGAAAAUAUCUGGGCUCAGAAAAAACAAUGAUAGUUUUCAGAGGUGUCAGCCUGUGACAUGAUAUUAUACAAGAUAGGAAACUGUUCUCUUCUUCUCCCUCAAUGAUAUUCCCUUUACUUCUCUCCACAAUACGAUGGACUUUAUUGCUAGAGCCAGGAAGUGCCCUUAGGAUGCCUUUUAGACUAAAGUAGUUGUAACCACUCCAAAAACUGGAAAAGAAUAUAUAUAUAUAUAUAUAAAUAUAUAUAUAUGUAUGUGUGUGCGCACAUGUAUUUAUAUCUAUCCAUCUCUCUAUGUGUGUAUGUGUAUAUAUGUGUAUAUAUAUUUGGAGGAUUGGUAGAUGCUCUGUAGCGAAGGAGAAGCCCUUUGUAAUGUAUCCAUGUGGUCACAUUAAGUCUUUCACACAAGUUUCUUAAUUGGCACUCUUUUGAAAUGGCAUCUUCUUCAUGUGACACAAUCUGCAGACGUGGGCACCCUGCUCACGUUCAGUGCACACCAGUUGAAUUUCUGGAAAGUGGACUCCUUGUACUUGUAUAUAUUUGCUAGGAUAUAGGAAGUGAAUUGCUGUGUCUGUUGUCAGUCUUCCCCCUUCCACGCUUUCUGCUUGAAUUAAUAAGGCUGGAGCUUAACCAGUCAUUUGAAUAAUUUAAUAUCACUUAAGUAAUGGGAAUGAUGGAGAAGAAUCAGUUUUCUUGUAAUUUAGUCCAGGAGACAAGUGGAUGGGAGUGACGGAGUGAGAAAAUGCUUUUUUUAAGUGUGCCCUGGUUCGCACCCAGAGAUUUCGGAGCAGCCUCCCUGCUGGCGACAACUAGUACAGCUCGUCAGGCUGCAGCGGGGUUGUAGGAUUUACAUCAGCAGGGAGGAUGGCUCUCUGCAAGCUAACACACGAGUUCAUCCCUCUGUGGGAGGAAUGUUUAUGAAUUAAAAGGUACCAUCAAGGUGCCAUGCUCUGCCAAUAGAGGCUUUUUGAUUAAAUUGCAGUUGCUGUUGUCAAUAUGGCACAGUGCAUGGGGCCAAGCACUCUUUUUAGUUAAUGUAGUUUUUCACUUGUGCUUGGAAAAGAGGGCACAGACUUUUUUUUUUUCCCCUCUCUUGAAGCUUCAAAGCUCCAGCCUUGGUUAUUUUUAUUUCCCUUUGUGCCUGACUUGGUUUGUGAAGACAGAGUAAUCAUGCAAGACAGUUUCUGAGCUGCAUUGAACUCCUUAUUGCUUUCAGUCUUCUUCCAAAUAUGCUGCAGCUUAAAAAACUGCCUGUAUAUACCUUAACUGCUUCUGGGCAAGUCCUAUACAGAGGAGGACACGAGCACCAAAGUCACUGAAUGAAUGCAUUGUGGCUGCAAGGUCAGCUUUUUCUCUUCUCGGUGCUUAAUUGCCAAUGCGUGCUGCACUAAUGAGCCUGUCUCCUCAUACGGGAGAGGGGCAUUUAGGUUCUGUGUCUAUCAAAGAAUAUCGAGGCUUCAUUUUUAAUGCAGAAACUUUUGGCACUGGAGACAUCAGAACCUUUGUAUUUUCUGUUAAAUGAGACACUGGUGUAAAAAUUGGAAAGUCGAGAAGGGGAAACAGUCCUGGGUAGUUGUGAGAUUCAGUAUCACUGUGUUGAGUUCUCUAUCACCAAAUAGCAUUUCACCAUGAAAUGUGCAGGACAGCCCAAAUCCUGCCUCUUCUUUGCUGGUUCAGGAAGUCCUGUUGCAACAGGUCACUGUGGUUCCUUCGAUAAAAUCUGAGGUGAAGAUACUAUGAGUCAGUAUGAGAGACAGAUACAAGGGGUCAGCACCUGCUCCACGUCCCCAGAGCGAAGGGGAGGGUGAGUCGGUGGGACAAGCUGGAGAAUGUGCUGCAGAUCUGGCACCACAGUCCCCACUGAACACAAGCCCUCGGUGCCACUGUGACACACACAAUUGUGAGUGAACUCUCUGGACUUACUGAGAUUGCAGCAAGGAUCAGUUCAACAUCUUUUACUUAAAUUUUCAGAACAAGCAUCUGAAAGGAUUCUAGAGAAAUGCUGAGAAGUAAAUGGGAGUUUUAGGGGCACUGGCAGUUUGAGAUGCGUUUUUGGGUGACUGCUGAAACCAAAUCCAUACGACGAAAGAACAGCAAUGUUUUACACUUGCAGGCUUUGGGAAUGCUGGAGUCUCAGAAAUUCAGCGUUUGUCACUUGCAAGGUGUGGCUUAACUUUGAGGUGGAUGUUAGAGUUUUUAUGCAUCUAAAGUAUUAAAAUUCUCCAACUUUUGCCAGCCUACAUCCUAUAAACGACACUGUGCUGCUGCCUCUCAAACAUAGUGAGCAUUAUGAGUCUUUUAUCCCAAGUCACCUUGCCAGUAAACCUUUUUGACCUGAUUACUUGCUCUCUCAAGGAUGUGAGCUGCCAGUCUGCAUUUUUCUGUCCCCAUCUCUAGAUUACUACUGAACUUCUCACAGCAUAUAUGAAUACACUACCCAGUGUAUUAAAAAGUGACUACGGUUGUUUUCUCUCUUUUCCCUCCUCUCAAAAAACAAAACCAAAAACUAACCCUGUCACCUAGCCUGUGAAGAAUGACAGGGUAAUUUGUAUCUGCCUCAUCAACUUAGAAUUUAAAACUGCAGUUGCAGCUUGGGAAGGAGUGAAGAGAAGCCCAGCUUAGAUGCUGCAGAAAUACUUUCUAACUGGAUUUUUCAGCCAAGGCUGAUUCACAUCUUGCUGGAGUGGAGCACAAUCAGUGAGUUCACAGCUCUCUGCUUUAUUUUUAAUACUGCUUUACUUCUGACUGAGAACCUGAAGGGUUUUCUGAACUGUAUUUUCAUGCCUAUAGUUAAUUCCUCUUAAAUAUCCCAACCUACAUGUAGACACACUCCAGGAGAUGGUGUUUCCAUAAGAACAGUGCUGCAGCCAGCUGUGGGGUGUGCGUGUGUUUUCUGCAGUGGCCUGUUAGCGAUUGUCACUGCAACAUUUUCUGUUCUUUCAUCUGGUCUUCCCACCUAAUAAAAACAGAAAUGUAGCCCCAGGGAAGAUUUUCUUUGUAAGCAAUGAAUCAUUUUCCUUUUAUCAAUCGAGUAGGAUUUUCUUGGGCAGUUCUUUGCAAUUCCCCUCUUCAACAUUCCCUUGAGAUAUGUCAUGCGUUGGACUAGAUGGUUUCUAAAGGUUCCUUCCAAGUGAAACCAUUCCAUGAUUUUAUGCAUAUGCCUUAAGUAUGAUAGAUACUUACGUUCUUCUAGCUCCUGCAAGCAUUUGAGCUUCUGAUAAAGUCCCAUCAAACUCAGAACUCAGUGCUGUCAAAAGAACAUCAUUGCCAAGAGGACUGAAAACUGAUUGCUUUUGUCUUGUUUUCUUCUUUAGGAGUGAUACGAGAGCAAAGACCUGUCAAACCGUUCAUUUGGGGUGACAUUGCAAAAUGGGUGUGCAAAAUGGGAUUAUGUGCACAUGCAGGUUCUCAGUCAGAGGUGCACGUGUAGCACACACACUCCCCAUUUGGAGUUGAGAUACAAUGUGGGUAGUCAACCUGGAAUUUCCAAAUAGCGCAUAGUGUUGAAUAGACAGUUGUCACCAAGUUACAAAGGUUGUCACAAAUGUGCUCGUGUCUGUGGGGCUUGUGGAUAACCAGUUCUGUGAUAAAUCGAGUGUGCAAAAGGCAGGGUCUGUUUCCCAUGUGAAGUGACAGGUUGGCCACAGGUAAUAUCAUUUAAAAGGCCUCCUCAGGCGUAUAUGAGCAUUUGCAGCACCCAUCCCUAGCAAUGCUUAGAUGGGUGAUAUGCUGUGCAGUAGUCUUUGUAUUAACAGAGAAUCCAGAGAUCUGACUUAGUGGGUUUUAUGCCCCUUCCAGAUACUGGUCUGAUAAUUUCCAUGAGAACAAGCAGAGGACUGUUCUGUGUUACAGAGGGAACAGCUGGCCAUACCCUCUAUACCGGUGCCUUAACUCAGUGUAAGCUCCAGCCUACUGUGAGUCAGAAGUUAAAAUAAAUAUGUUGAAUUGAAUGUGUUGUUCAUCAUCUCUGAAGAUAGUAGAAUUAAGCCAACCUGAAGAGCAGAUUUGGAAAUCAUUAAACUGUUCACUAUUUCUCAGUGAAGCAAUGUGAUCUACUGUCACCCCGGUUUAGGAACCUGAAUGUAGCAUCUCAACUGCCAGUGUCCUGUCCCAAACCUGCUAAACUUUCUGUACAACUGGAAAAGUAAGUUCUUGUGGAGUUUGCUCACAGAAUUUCUUAUUUUUUUUUUUCUCUUUAAUUGUUUGUUAUUAUCUCAUGCUGGUGUCAUUUAAGACAGGUUUUAGUGGCAUCUCAGAAACACACUUGUUUUCAGUUUCAUUAGUAGCCUUUCACUAAAUAUGGCUUGUGAUGCGUUGUGGACAUAGCUGCAGUGUGCUGUGAAAGGUUAGACUAGAAAAACAAUAAGUUUCUUCCUGGCUGCAUGUGGGACAAGGUAGUUCUGUGGCUCCAGUGGUGGUUUUACUUCUGUCAAGACAGGUGCCGUCUCUCCUCACAAAGCCCUGUAGUCCUACACCUGUGGGCCUCGCACUGAUGCUGCCCCUUCCCCAUUGCAAUUUGGAAAUCCUUCCUCAGCCGUGCAGUUCAGAUGUCCUGCUGUUCAGGGGACAUCACUAGGACUCUCUUUUGUAAAAGCUUGUUAUGCUGAAAUUAGACAUAUUUUUAAGUGAAAACCCUUCCUACAAGACAUGGUCCUCCUGGUGUAUUUAUGCCAUGUCAGGUUAUAUUGAUGGAUGGAGAAGGCUUUGGUUCUGGGAAGGAGGAGAGCUGGUGUAAGCUUGAUUUCUCCAGGGUUUGCCAGGGUAGUGUUUAGCAGAUUUAAAAGAAAACACAGGCAUGAGCCUGUGGUACCUGUUUCAGACUGUGGGGAAGCCAGGUUUGGAGCCCAUACAUAUUAUGAGCAUCUAUGCUGAAAUAAAUUUUAUGAAGAUAUUACAACAAGUGACAGAAAAAUUAACCCUUGAAACAGUAAGACUAUGAACAUCCUUUAAAUUCAGCAUGGAACCACUUAUCUUGGUACCUCCUGUCUUAGGAGGAGAUCUCGGCAUAUUUGGGAAGUAUCCUGGUUAGAGUAGACCAAAUGGAAACCAGCCUUUCUCCCACUCAUUCACUGCUUGCCUUUGGAAUGUAUUUGUGGAUGUCCACAUCCUGUAAGUUACCUAUGGCUGUAAAAAAUACCAGUCAGUGCUAAUGAUGAUGCAAUAAGAAAAUCAACUAAUCUGUCCUGAAAUGCCAGUCAUCUUUCCCUGCCAGACAGAUGCUUGGGGCUUGACUCCAAACCUCCCUUUCCUAUUUGGUUAGCCCCAGGUCAUGGUUCAGUUUGUGCCCUGUCAAACUUUUUGGCCCUAUCAACACACCUGCUGGAGUCCAGCAUAGUCUUCAGGGUAGAUGCAAGGCAAGGGCUGGUCUUGACAAGAUGUGGUAUGUUUUUACCCCAUUGCUAUGUGGUGAUGAGCUAAAGAGAGCUACUGAGCACUGUGAUCAUAGUACAAUGCACCUUUUCUCUUUCAAUGUGAAAACACCCUUAUUGCUGUGGGUUGCAGGACUGCUCUGGCUGGUGAGUUUUGCUUUGUGAUUCCUCCCACACACCUUUUCUAUGCUUAAGAAAAUAAGAAACAGCAGAGAAAAUCUAUCACAAUGCAGAGAUACAGAGUUUUUAGUCAGACAGCUCUGCUGGCAGGAGCAAUGCGUUGCCCGCAUUUGGCAGGGAGAGAAUAUUAUUAAUUUUAAUGUAAGCAUCAGGGCAGGAAGUGGGAAUGUAAUUGGCCAUUAAUGUUGUUUGCCUGUAUGCAAAAUGAAUUAUUUGUUGCCCAAAGGGCUUCUAACAGGGAAAUAGAUUUCUGUUAAUGAUUUGCUAAAAAAUGCUUGUCCGUGUGAAGAGGCAAUACUUCCAUGUGCAUUGCGGUCCUUCUUUUGAGGUAAAAAGAGAAGACUGAAGGCAAACAGGAUCACCAGAGUUAAUACCAGUGUUGCUCCCAGGACUUGCAAAGCUGAGGCCUGCAGGACCUCUCCCCCGGGCUUUAGGCAGUGAAGCAUUUCAGGCAGCAGAAGCAGCUAUGGGAAUCCCAGCAGUGCCUUACCAGGCUGAGUCUCUAGCUCCCUCAGGCGCUUUGACAGGUGCCCCUGGACACUGGCCUGGGCUUUUGUCACUGAACACCUUUCAGAAAGCGUUUCCCACCCCCAGAUGCACAACCGCUGAAGUCAGUGGAGCCUCUCACUGACAUAUGCACACUCUGGAACAGGCUCUUUCUUGUCUGGCGAGACCAGGAAAGUCCUUUACUGCCAUGUCCGCUCGCAGCAGCGAGCUCAGCGUGUCAUUACUGCAUCAGUCCUGUCCCAGCAGUGUGGUUUGGUCGUUGCUGACAACUCUUCCUGUGAGGGGGCCUUACAGCUGGGGGCUUCUUGUUUUUUUUAAAGCUUGGGAAACUGAAAUUAAUUUUUCAAAGGCAUAUUUUCUUUUAAAUCAUUAGAUUUUGGCAAUAGAAUUUUUUUAUUAUUUUAUUUUUUUCUCCUCCCUCCACAUGUUUCAAACCAGCGUUUUAGGGAGGUGUCCCUGUGUUUUCCAUUCAUCUGUGAGACAGCUCUCUUUCUGAGUCUCUGUAAAAGUGAAUAAAUGUCUUGUCUGUACAGUAAGUCUGCUUGUAUGCAUAAUGAAAAGUUGAGCUGGGUUGCUGUUCUAUACAAUUAGUCUUUCCACUGUCAUACUGCAAACAGCACAUAUUGCACUCCUGUGCCACUGUAAUCUGCAUCACUGUUGUACUCAAGUCAAUGAAUAAAGUUUGGAGCUUUAUUCUUAA